GCCGAUCAACGAUCCGAUUACGUUUAUAAUUAUCUUUUAAAGCAAUAAAGAGUGAUUGUCGUUAAAAAAAAACCUGAAACUAAUAAAAACAACAGUUCAAAAAUAAUGGAUUAGAUCAAAGAAAUGUGAUGGAUGAGAAAAUAGUGUUUAUUUGUUGAGACUAGCGUCUGAGAGUGAGGAUAAAGAUGCCCAAGUACAGUUGAUAAUUAUUAAUCGGUUAGCAAAUGUUAAUCAUGAUGGAUUACGAAUUUAAGAUGAAGACACAAAAAGAUCGUAUCAAGGUCGAAGAUCUUUUCGAAUUUGAAGGAUGCAAAGUUGGCCGAGGGACUUACGGCCACGUCUACAAAGCCCGCAGAAAAGAGGGAGUACCAGACAGUGAACUCAAAAGCAGGCCAGAUACAAAAGACUUUGCUUUAAAGCAAAUCGAAGGAACUGGUCUAUCUAUGUCUGCUUGUAGAGAAAUUACAUUACUUAGGGAACUUAAACAUGUAAAUGUGAUAACUUUAAUUCGUGUAUUUCUAUCUCAUAAUGACCGUAAGGUUUGGCUGCUAUUUGACUUUGCAGAACAUGAUUUAUGGCAUAUUAUUAAAUUUCAUAGAACAGCAAAAGCAAACAAAAAGCAAAUUAUGGUGCCAAAGGGCAUGGUUAAAUCCUUGCUUUAUCAGAUUUUAGAUGGCAUUCAUUAUUUACAUUCCAAUUGGGUUCUUCACAGAGAUUUAAAACCUGCAAAUAUUUUAGUGAUGGGUGAAGGCAAUGAAAGAGGCAGAGUCAAAAUAGCUGAUAUGGGUUUUGCUAGAUUGUUUAAUGCUCCAUUAAAACCUCUUGCUGAUUUGGAUCCUGUAGUAGUAACUUUUUGGUAUAGAGCACCUGAACUUUUACUUGGAGCUAGGCAUUACACUAAAGCUAUUGAUAUAUGGGCUAUAGGAUGCAUAUUUGCAGAACUUUUAACUUCUGAACCUAUUUUUCACUGCAGACAAGAAGACAUUAAAACUAGUAAUCCAUAUCAUCACGAUCAGUUGGACAGGAUAUUCAAUGUCAUGGGAUUUCCACUAGAAAAAGAUUGGGAAGAUAUUAAAAAAAUGCCCGAACAUCAAACGCUAUUACGUGAUUUUAAGCGCUCUAAUUAUGCCAACUGUUCAUUAACAAAAUAUAUGGAUCGUCAUAAAAUCAAACCAGAUAGUAAAGCUUUUAAUUUGUUGCAAAAAUUACUGAUGAUGGAUCCAAACAAAAGGAUAACCUCGGAACAUUCCAUGCAGGAUCCUUAUUUUCAAGAAGAUCCACUGCCUACUGCAGAUAUCUUUGCGGGUUGUUCUAUUCCGUAUCCUAAAAGAGAGUUUUUAACAGAUGACGAUUCUGAAGAUAAGACUGAUAAUAAAAAUAGACAAAAUCAGCAGCAAACAGUCAACAAAACCUUUCAGCAACAGAAUCAGCAACAACAGGGAAAUGGUGAACAUAGCCAUGGACCAAAUCCCAAAAGAGUGAGACUGAACGGUCCUCAUGGAGCACCAGAAUUCCACCAACACCAAAAUCAUGCCAUGACCCAUCAGCAACCUCCGGGCAUGGUGUACUCGACCACCCAACCGACGCAGCCAUCGAAUUUUCAUCAGCGUUUUUGAUAGGGCUCUCUAAGUUAUUAAAAUGCAAAAAAGGACUAUAAAUUAUUUGUAUGUAAUCGACUCGUUAACGGGUGCAGUGACGUGUGUUUCAAUCUGUGUGUACAUUAAGUUUAACAUGCGUCAUUGAUCGUAUUACAAAUUUAUUUAUACAGGAUAAGUGUCUAAGGUCAUUUUUUCAUUCACAGUAAAAACACCCAUCAUUGUUUAUUUAUUUGUUUCUGAGACGUUAACUUUCGUCAUUUACUUAAAGUUCAAUGAAAGAAAGUUUAAAAAAGGAAAUUUUCUAAGAAAACAGUGUUGCUAGUGAUUUCGAGUCUGAAUUUAUACUAGCCAGAAUCAAAUUAUUAUUUCUACCAAAAGUUGUUCAAUGGAAAUUAUUCCGAGUAUCUAAGUUAUCUUACAAAGAGGUGAUUGUGCAAAUUUGAGUAACAUUAUAUAUUUUAAGUUAAUUAAACGAAUCAUUUGUAAAGUUGAAACUUUAGUGCUCCUAAAAACUAGUACGAAUGGCGGUAAAAUGUUGCCCUCUAACGAAACUGAAAAAAUUAAUCUUUUAAGUUGUCCGGUGAAAAUUAUUGCAAUUGUCAUUUUGAUUAUUGUGUUAAUAACCAUAAUUUUGGGACUAUUAAUUUACUACUGCGUCAAUCGAUGUUUAUUUUUCAAGAUACAUCUUACCAUUUAUUUAAGAGGAAUCGAAUUUUUUGGACCUUUAUUCGUGAAGUUUGAUCAAUGGAUGUCUAUACACAGGAACUUAUAUUCCGAAGAAAUGUGUUCAGCUUUAUCGCAGCUUUAGCGUAACGCAACAGUCUACUCUUGGUAAUAUACAGAGAAUAUUCU